AUGUUAAUGAACGUUGUGCACGUGUCAGCAUCUUGGGGCCACAAGGCCUUUGACUUGGACGACCACGGUCAGAAACCUACACCUCUUGAUAUACGUUUUUCCCAUGGAAACCUCCUUUUGAUUUUCUAUGCUCCUUUUAGGAUCCUUUGCUGCUUCUGUCUUCCUUUUCAUGUGUGUCUCCUUCUGUUUCCCCACUUUACCUUUUUCUCUCUCCUUUUUCGCACAGAUCCUCCUUCUCUUCUUCUUCUUCUUCUUCUUCUUCAUCGUCACCAUAUAUCUUUUUCCACCCCCUUCAUUAUUUCCUGUGCGUCUUCUAUGGCGGUUUUACCAAGUAGCUCCUCCACCUUGGAAUUGACCAUAUGCAUCCCUGGCUUUGCUUCUUCACCAACUCUUCUUCCAUCAUCAUCAUCUGUGAAAGAAUUGGACAUAAACCAAGUACCUCUAGAAGAAGAUUGGAUGGCAUCAAACAUGGAAGAUGAAGAAGAAAGCAGCAAUGGAGACACUCCCCGGAAGAAACUCCGUCUCACAAAGGAACAAUCUCGUCUCCUUGAAGAAAGCUUUAGACAAAACCACACCCUAAACCCAAAGCAGAAAGAGUCUUUGGCAAUGCAACUGAAGCUGCGACCAAGGCAGGUGGAGGUGUGGUUUCAGAACCGUAGGGCCAGGAGCAAGCUGAAGCAGACAGAGAUGGAGUGUGAGUACCUGAAGAGGUGGUUCGGGUCACUGACAGAGCAAAACCGAAGGCUUCAGAGGGAAGUGGAGGAAUUGAGGGCAAUGAAGGUGGGCCCACCAACAGUAAUUUCCCCACACUCUUCAGAGCCACUCCCAGCCUCCACACUAACCAUGUGUCCCCGCUGUGAGCGCGUCACCACUACCGCCGACAAACCGCCCUCCGUCGCCGUCACUUUGUCCGCUAAAGUGCCUGCGCAAUCCCGUCAACCUUCUGCUGCUUGUUGA